UUUACUAUUGAAUUUCUGGCGAAACAGCGUACAAUCUCUCAGUUCGGUUGCAGACAUCCAAGUGUUCACAGUUCGUUCAAUAACUCGAAAGCGCGGAAGCAUCUCAGCGCGUGUCGAUGAUCGAUUCAGCGUUUCUACAAGGUUUUGUGCAUUCUCACGUUUAUCACCCCACUGGCGCUUGCUCCAAUUAAGCAAACUUGUAAACUGAAAAUGAGUGAAAGGGAUCUCCUGCGGCAGUUAUAAGCAAAGUUUGCACUUUUCAUCGUGAAUUGUAAACAGAUGUUGAUUCGAUUGUGUUCGCUGGUGAUUUUGUUGCAGUUCGUUGUAACAAUCUCAGCAAAGGAAAAGCGAAAAUGUAUUGGCGGACUUUGCAUUCCACCGGAACUGUGUCGACCAGUGAGCGUGAACGUUUACGAUGACAUGCAUCUGGAAUUUUUCAGUUCCAACGAGUGCCGACGAGGUCACUUAAAAUGUUGCCCAUACGAACGCAUUGUGCGAGCGCCGGACACAGAGGCGCCAGACGAAAACGAGAGAGUGUGCGCUGCUAGGAACAACGGCGGGAUCGGUAAUUUCAUGUACCAUGACAGAUCAAAGGCGAAGUAUGGAGAAUUCCCAUGGAUGGCCUUCGUGUACACUAUCCAGGAGGACUAUGAAAUUUACCUCUGCGGAGGAACGUUAAUCCACUCGAAGGUGGUGCUCACUAUUGCCCACUGCAUCGAGGGAAAACACCCGAGCCAGCUGCGGGUACGCUUCGGAGAAUGGGACCUAGAGGACAUGAUUGAAAUCUACCCACCCCAGGACCGUGCCAUACUGAAAAUGAUAAUCCAUCCCCAUUUCUAUGGUGAACUGCUACAAAACGAUAUCGCAAUCCUUUUCUUGGAUGAUCACGUAUGGUUCACCGAGGUUGUCGGAACGGUUUGCCUCCCGCCACAAAAUUCAAACUUCGACAACAAACGAUGUGUUUUUUCCGGCUGGGGAGAAGACAUCAACGGUAGAAAUUCAUCCAUCUUGAAGCGAACGAAGCUGCCGAUUGUGCCGCGAGGCCAGUGCCAGAAAGCUCUCAGAAAACAGCUGAACGAUCGACAUUUCCAGCUCCACGAAGGUUUCCUUUGCGCCGGAGGUGAAUCAGGUAAGGAUGCCUGCAAAGGAGACGGUGGAUCUCCGUUGGUGUGUAAGAUUCCAGAGUCGGAAAAUCAGUACUACCUGGUUGGAAUCGUUGCAUUCGGAGCAGAAUGUGGCGCUCACGGUGUACCGGGGGUAUACGUGAAUGUUCCUUAUUACCGUGAUUGGAUAGAUGGCGAGAUUGCGAAAAUGUAUCAUGUUGAUAUAUUUGUAAAUUAAUAAAUAAACCAAUUAUCUUAAAUAA